AGAGCAAGUUUUGGUCCACAUGUGUGGAGGAAGUUUUGAUGUGUAUCUCAUGUUCAGGUUCAAUAAAACCUUUGAUCCUCAGCAUCCUCGGUGGUGACGCCAAGCAGGAGGUGAUUCAGUGCGUGGAAGCCCGUUGCUGCCUUAGAUUUAGGUUUAGAAAUGUUUUGAAGUAAGGAGAGAGCCUGUUCCCAAGCCUUUUUUUUCCCCCUAGAAGUUGCUGUUGAGUUGUAAUUUUCGAAAACCAUCCAUGUCUUACCUUUGCAGUGCCUUGAUUUUGUUCAUUCACUGCGCCUGCGUUUCCGUCUUAGGUACAGGAAGAAGGGAUGGAAUUGGAAGCAAGGAAAUUCAUUUCAGAGACAAAAUAGCUCCCCUCCUCUGUUAUAGCUGUUCCGCUGACAAUACAAACUUUCUUCUUUCAGGUUCUGCAGCAUUCCAGACCUCAAGCACUGAAUCAGGAUGGGAAAAAGACGUUGUGUUCCUCCACUCGAGCCCAAGUUGGCAGCAGGCUGUUGUGGGGUCAAGAAGCCCAAGUUAUCGGGGAGUGGAGCGCAUGGUCACGGGAACCAGUCCGCGACUGUCCCCUGCUCUAGUUCAGGCCCUCUUCAAAACCACCAGCAUGUGGAUGGCAGCAGUGGCCGGGAGAAUGCGUCGGACUUAACUCUGGCACCUGCAAACUCUCCCAUCACGCGAAUGAAUCCCGCUUCGGGCGCGCUGAACCCUCUUCCCCGGCCCAAUGGACCUGCCAGCACCAAGAGCCUGGUGGUGACCGCAGAGAUGUGCUGCUACUGCUUUGAUGUCCUCUACUGUCAUCUGUAUGGCUUCCCACAGCCACGGCUUCCCAGGUUCACCAAUGACCCCUAUCCACUCUUUGUGACAUGGAAGACAGGGCGUGACAAGCGGCUCCGUGGCUGUAUUGGGACCUUCUCAGCCAUGAAUCUUCAUUCAGGACUCAGGGAAUACACGUUAACCAGUGCACUUAAGGACAGCCGAUUCCCCCCCUUGACCCGAGAGGAGCUGCCUAAGCUUUUCUGCUCCGUCUCCCUCCUCACUAACUUUGAGGAUGCCAGUGAUUACCUGGACUGGGAGGUAGGGGUCCAUGGUAUUCGAAUUGAAUUCAUCAAUGAAAAAGGUGUCAAACGUACAGCCACAUAUUUACCGGAGGUUGCUAAGGAACAAGACUGGGAUCAGAUCCAGACAAUAGACUCCUUGCUCAGGAAAGGUGGCUUUAAGGCUCCAAUUACCAGUGAAUUCAGAAAAACGAUCAAACUCACCAGGUACCGGAGUGAGAAGGUGACAAUCAGUUACGCAGAGUACAUUGCUUCUCGGCAGCACUGUUUCCAGAAUGGUGGUCUUCAUGCCCCGCCCCUCUACAAUCAUUACUCCUGACACACGGCUGCACGAGCAGCCCCACCCCCCCGUGGCCACCAAUGGCUACGACAUCAUUGGAGCAGAUGCCUCCUCCUCCUGGUCCAGUUACUUCUAUUACUGCACCAUUUUAUGAUGCUAGCUUCCGUUGCCAAGUCUGCCUCCAGCCGACCGAGGGGAGCGGGGUUACAUUGAAGGAAGCGGAACUUGAGGGGCCCAAGCCUUAUCUCAGCCUUUCCUCAGUACGGGGUUCUGUUGGAUUGGGGCUCCUCCCUGACUAGGAGAAUCACCGUGUGGGUUCAGGAGACCCUGGGCAUGCAGGUGCCUCUGGUGAUUUGCCUCCUGUGUCGGUCGCACCUCAGAAGCUGGAACUGAUGAUCGCGAAGGCUUACCCACCCCCCCGCCCCCCCCGCGGCCUCCCCUGAUUGAGGAGGCAUACUCCCCUGGCAGUCUGGGCAACGGAGACCAACAAGAAACAUUUUUAGGUUGUUUUAAAUUCCUUUUUUUAAACUUCCGGUUUAUUGCGUACCAAGAGUUGAUCACGACCUCCAUGCUUCAUAUGCGGAUGCCAUGUCAGGGCUGAACGUGGCCACCAUGAGUCCUUGGAGGCUCCUGGGAGGCCCACGUCCAGACCGGAAGCCCUCAGGAUGGCGCUGAAGAGCUCAUUGCUGGGUCAACCUCGAAGGCUUUAAUCCUCACCCCGUGCACAGGUGGAUUCCCAGCACUCUUCCUGCACUGUGUCUCCUGGCGCGGCCUGCGGAGGACCGGACUGGGGUGCCCACAGGAGGUCCCCUUUUCCACCCGGCUACCUCCCUCUUGGUGGUAGUGCCUGUAGCUGGUUGAGGCUCCCAGAAGGCACAGGUGUUCAAACAGGUACUGGGGCUGGGCGGUAGGACACGUCGUAGGAGAGACCCAGGGUCUCCAGGUGGGCUUUCUCUUCAGGCAAACAUCCCAAGGGACCUUUGAGCAGAGGAGUCCCUUUGUCUGGUUUGCCUGUAGACGUAAGAAGACUUGAUGUUUCAGGCCUUUACGGGACUUGAGAACAAAGCUGUGUAAUUAAACAAGGUGAAUAUCUGCCUAACAUGCUGGGACUCUUCACCCACCAUGGCAAAGUUCCAAACAGCUCAUUUAUUCUAGGUCAUUCAGACUCACGUGGCACAUCUCCCUCACUGUUGUCGCCGAUUCCAGACAGCCGUCAGCAGGUUUCCCCUCCCUCUUGCCUGUUCUUCACUCGUUUGGUGGCAACGUUCGUACAAGUUGGAGACUUAAAGGAUGCUUUGAAAACACUGUCACAGCGGCACUGCUGAAAUGGUUCAUGAGAAGAGGUGGCUCUUGGAAGGAAGGACCCUCGGGGAUACACUGGUUUUCAACAACAUGCUUAGAGAACUCUUGAAGUGGACUGGGUGUCAACCCAGUGAACACAGUGUUGAUUUAAUUUAUUUUGAAGUCUAUGUGGUGAUGGUGUGGCUUUCCGAAAUGGGCAAUUCAAGUCAAAAGGUCUUUUGAAUUUUCUUCUGCCAGGCAUGGGGAAGGGGGAGCAGGGACCCAGCUGAAGGAACGAUGUGCAUACCACUCUAGGUGCCGUGGCCCCAUUCCGUGGGAGAGGGACAGGGUGAGCAGGUGUGCUGGGCACCAUCUUGUGCCAUCCACAAGGACGUGGAGUGUGCAAGGGUAGCAUGCUGGCAUCCAAACACCCCAUCUUGCUGUGGUGCUGCGUUCUCACGUCCUGCACUCUUCCUGUGCAAGGUUUAUGAAAAAGCUUUUGAAGAUGAAGGGAUUAUUUCGUGAUUUCCUGCUGCUGAGAAUAGUAAAUGUCUUGUUAUAAACGUGAUGAGUUAUUCUUAGGUGCCAUGGGUUGAUGUCAGGGUGGACUAAGCCACCCACCUCCAAUUUGUACAACAGUAUUGGUACAUAGGGCUACACUCAUUACUGUUCAAGUGUUCUAUGUUAACAGUUGUGUUUAAUUUCUAAAGAUUAAAAAAAAGCAAAAAAAUGGUGCUAAACUUUCACCCCUGAGCACGCUCAGUGAGACUGGUCAUGCAAGCAUUUACAGUGCCAUGCUCUUCAAGCCUAAUUUUUCUUGUAGAAAUGUUGCCCUAUUUGUCUUCCCCAAUGUGUAAUAUGUUUUUAAUUUUAUUUUAUUGAGGGUGGGGUACCUGCCAUUUAGGAAAAUGAACAGAAAAAUUUUAAACCCAGAAAAUGGGAAGAAAAAAAAAAAAUCAGUGCACAAGAAUUGGGCUGCAGAAGCCCAGUCCCACCCUGAAGUGGUUCUGGAGUGAAGAAGCCUUACCCCCCGCCCGGCCCCUCGUGCUCCCGCCCUGGGCCAGCAGUGGACACGCUCGAGUUCCUCUUGCCCUGCCAAGGGGACUCGGGAGUCGACCAAGGAAAACUACUUGGCCCUGUAAGGAAUGGCACUGUCAGCACAGUCCGCCCUACAUGGGCCCAGUCAGGAAGUGGUCUGGGCGUGUGUAGCCAUGGUCACCUCCUGAAGCUGGGUGGCAGGUGGCUCUCAGGAAAAAUACCAGGUCUGGAUCAUCCAUGUGGCAGCUUUGCAUAGGGAGACAACAGCUCUGAACUGGAAGUGAGCUGCCUCCCACACGGGUGACCAAAGCAGUGAAGAGGGUGGCCGGUACCUGUGGUGUGAGUGGCAGGUUUAAAGAGAAGGAAUGUUUUCUGCUUGGCGUUUCCUUUGUCCCUGGGCUGCUCGAGCCGAACGGUAGGUGACCACUGUUUUCAAGGAACCAGCCCUGGCUGGUUUGAUUCGGAGUUUGUUCCAUCCCUAGCUGUGAGUGCCUUUUGGUCUGGAAAGUUGGCUUGUCUCAUAAUACCCACAGCUAGGACAUUCUCUCUGUAAUUAUGAAUUGUCCUGUUUUACAUUGAUUAAAAGAGAAUGUCUUUGAUCACUAGAAUUUGUCAGUUUUGGAUUGUUUCCACCGUGAGGUUCUUAAAACUUUUUUGCUUCAUAAUGUUAAAGGAACUCAUGUUAAGAGACCCUUUCAAAAUGAAAGGUUUGUAGUUGAGACAUUACAUAUAUUUUAUUGUUUAUAAUAAAAGUCACCUAUACAAAAGUCCUGGGUGUUAAUUUUAAUAUUUGCACAAGAUGUGUUUUCCAUGAUAUGUUAACUCCUACAAUUUCACUAACUGUCAAUGUUAUUUUCUAUCGAUAUUCUGGAGCUUAGGGAGCUAUGUGUUCUUUCUGUUCAUUUUCAUUCUUAUUUCCCUGAAGCAAGAGACUUUGUAUGGCCUUCAGUGCAAAGACUUCAGACCAAUUCUUUGUAUUACACUUGGUUGCCUCUUGGCUAUAUAACUUCUGAGUGCAAAUCAUUGAACUCUUUAACGAAGUAUUGUAGAGAAUAAAUCAUAAUGGGUAAAAAUUG